UGCGACGGAUUUGCGCGAAAUGUUAUAAGACCACUCGCACAUCUGCCACAAUAUUUGCGACAGAUUUACGAUGAACUUUAUAAUAUCCGUCGCAAAUCCGUUGCAAAAUUUGUAAUGGUUCUGGUCUAUCACUUCGAAGGGCAUACGUUCUUUUUCUUCGGGUAUCCCUUCGAGUUCUUCUCCAUCCCAAAUGAACAUAUGUGUUGCACACUUUGAAUGAACAACAUAAGAGCAAAUCAAGCAAGAAUAUGCUCCACACUCUCCAUUAACAGGCUCACGACAUACCCCACAAAUCCACUUCCCCGGGCCAAGAGAGGCAACGCGAGAGAUGCGGUGGUCGUGGCGAUUGAUGUGUAUAACACGUGGUAAGGAGAUGCAUUCUCUGUGUACUAUGAAACAACAUUGAUGACAAACACACGGGUAGUUUGAACUGUAUAACCCACAUGCAUCACAAGUGAAGGAGAGAUUUAUCGGUAUCUGGUGGAGCUCAUGCUCGUGGGCUUCAGCUGCGUUCAAGAUCAGAGGUUCUCUCGCACAUUGGAUACAUAUAAGAAAAGCACAUUGUGAACAUUGAUACAAUGGUUCAAACUCAAGGUCUUCACAUAGAGAGCAUGAUUCAAAACCUCUACCAGACCUUGUGUCAGACCUUAUGAGCUGGAGAGGGUGUUUAUGUCGAGAAGGAAUGUUGACGUUGAUGCAUUCCUCGUGGACAUAAAAAUCGCAGAAAUCACACUUGUAGCCUUGCUUGUUGUCAUGGCCAUCUUUGUAACAGGCAUAGCAUUUUGAUGAGAUUUUUGUAGACUUUAGACGAAAAUCACCAUGAGAGGGGCAUAGUUUUAAAUCUAUGUUGGUCCAUUCUUCUUCCAUCUUUUAUAGGAAAUUUUUUUAGUUUCUCUUCUCCUUUUCUUCUUCUUUCAGAGAAAAUUUGUUUUAUAUUAAAAAAGAACAAUA